AAAAUGGCUAGCACUGAAACAGAUAGCAACAAUAAAAUGCAAAAAUAUUAGUGCGUAUGCAAUGUGAGAUAUACGCACGAGAUUUCGAUAUGAGAAGUAAAAAGGCUACUGCGGAAGCACAAAUUUAAUGAAAGCAGCAGGAUAAUACAGGAUAACUUGCAAAGCGAGCUAAAUUGAAUAACACUAGCAUGACGACUGACGCUGCCGACAACAGCGGCAUUGAAAAGAGCAACAGGAAUCAAUAAAGGGCACAACAACUGUAACACCAAUAGAGGCGUUAGAAGGAAGCGAAUUAACAGAGAAAUCAAGCUGAGUGAGGAUAAGACAUAAUUGAAAUUGAAGUGGGUCUUCAGGCGGCAAAAGUGAAGUGUAAAAUUUGAAGCGGAAGCUGCAGUAAGCCAGCCGGAAGAUAGCAGUAGACUGCGGGAGAGAAAUAAUAUUAUACAACAUGAAAAGGCUACCGAUGGCAAUUUUGGUCAGCACUUUGCUUUUGUGGCACACCGCAGCGCUGGCGGGCCGCAUUGUGAAGCGCAGCUACUCCGAUCAAAGCGUGCAUGGCUAUCAGGCGGAGCGCACCUGCUGGUGGAAUGAAGUGUGCAAAGAGGAAUUCCAAAAUCUCUUCCGUUGCAAAUGUCCACAAUUCUCAUACUGCCGCUCACCAGGACGCUAUUACAAUGCGUAUUGUUCAAUGACCGACACUGGUUACAUAUGGACUCAGCCAACAUGGGACUGGGUACCAUGAAAAUAAUGAAUUGCCGGUCGACUGCCUAUAAAUGAAUAUUUAAGUGCUAAGCACACAUAAAUACACGUACAUAUGCCUAUAGGAUAUUAAAUAAUCGAAAAACAAAAAAAUGAAGAACAAUGAAAAUAACUAUAACGAAGAGAUGUACAGAUAUACAUACAUACAUAUACUUACAUAUAUAUUAUAAGAGAGCUUUAAGUGCAAGACAAUGAGCGCAUAUUUCACUUAUAAACUUGUGUAUACAUACAUACAUAAAAAUGGUGCUUUAUUAUUCACGCACACAAACACGCUUACGAACUUGUACACAUUCACACACAUUUCAGCAAAGUACAAUCGUUAUCAAGGGGACUUCAGUACACACAUUCACACUUAUGUAUAUAUACAUAUGUACUUACGACAAAAUUCUUCCAAACACUCAUG